CGUGGUACCCUUUAGAAGCCGAAGCACGUGUGAAACGGAUAAAAUAUGUUUAAUCCUGUACAAAUAAAACAUGAAUGUAUAGGAGUAGAUGAUGCUAACUCAGAUGACAGAAUUAAUACACCAUUGGAUAAUUCGAAUCAUCCGAUAUUCAAUAAUGAAGGUGUUGAAUACAGAUAUAAUCAAUUACCGCAAUUCUGGAAUUAUACACAAUUGUCAAAUGAGAUACAACCAAAAACUGAAAUUUGUGGCCAACAAAAUUUGUUUAGAAUACAAGAAAAUGAUCCUAUAGCAUACAUGAAAGGCUACGUACAAAAUGGUAUGUUGGUCCAAGUUAAUCAAGAUGGAAAUAUAAACCAGAAUCAAAUAUGCUACCAAUACCAUACAAAUGCUACUAUGAAAAAUGAACAGUCACUCCUUUCAGAAGGAGUACAACAAUCCAAACUUGCAAAUCAAGUAAUGACAAUUUCAGAGCCAGUACCCUCAAUGAAAUUGAAUCGUCCUGGAAGACCACCCAGAAGCUCCUCUGAAUUAAAUGAAGGAAAAAAGUUUAAAUGCCAGUGUGAAAUAUGUUUCAAAGAAUUUGGUCACAAAAGUAAUUUAUUUAUACAUAUGAGGACCCAUAAUGGAGAACGACCAUAUAAAUGUAAUCAAUGUAACAAGUGUUUUACACACAGUGGUAAUUUAGUUAUUCACAUGAGAACACAUUCCGGUGAGAGACCUUAUGGUUGCCAAAUAUGUGGAAAAAUGUUUAGUCAUAGUGGAAACUUGUCGACGCAUUUACGAACUCAUUCAGGUGUAAAACCAUACAAAUGUAGUAUAUGUGGUAAAGAAUUCAGACAUAGCGGGAAUUUAUCAAUACAUGAAAGGAUACAUUCCGGUAUUAAGCCUUUUCAAUGCAAAGUUUGUGGAAAAGAUUUUUAUCACAGUGGAAAUUUAACGACUCAUAUGAAGAAACAUCCUAUAGGUAUUAAUGCUAGUGUUAAUGAAUGUAAAAAUAAUGAAGACCAGGCAAUACCUGCUACAGUUAAUUGUAACAAUGCUGGAUCCUUAAGUACAUUUACAAAUAAUUUACCGCUGAGUUCAGCUACUGACAUCAAAGUGAUACCUAGUGCAAGCAAUACUGUUCCUAUAAAACAUGAAGGUAAUGAUAAGGGAUUAACAAGUGGCGUUGAAAUCUUAACGUCGACUUAA